AGCGAGUCCACGACCCGUGUCACGAUCGAUUGUCAGAUCCAUGUCGUCGUCUUCACAACAGCAGUCCUCUGUUCACUUCCAAUACUCUGCGGGAGAGGACAAAGAACAAUUAGGUCGCGAUGCCACUGCUCUGACCACAGAAGGCGGAGGCAGAUGGAAGCAUCACCCAGAGUGGACGAAUGUCUUCAACAAGACCCAUGUACGCUGGACAACACAUAGACCUCUAGGCUUAUCGUCCAAAGACAUUGUCAUGGCCAGAUUCUGUGAUGAGGCUGGAUUCCGUCAUGGCGAGCUGGCCGAUGUGGUGGAUGAGGACAAGUGUGGAUGUGAUGAUUUCAAGCCU